AUUUUGAAACCAUUGAAUUUCUCUCCUUUAAAAACAAUGUUCUUUCUUGUUAUUUGUUUUUUCCUAACACCCUUAAUUAUUGUUACAAGGAAAUAAAAAGAACAAACUAAAUUGCAUUACAUCACAUAAAACAAAACUCUUCAAAAGCUUUCUAAUAAGUAUAUGCAUAUGUAAAUGUAAGAGAUGCCAAAAUCUUCAAAUUCGCCACCAAAAUCGUCCUCGGGUGGCCGGCCACCACAAGGGGUGAAGUUUACACGCCGAACAUCAAGCGGAAGGUUAGUAAAUCUAUCAAGAGAUGAAGACAUGGAUAUGUCCGGUGAGUCGGGCCAAAAUGAUUACAUCAAUUACACCGUUAUGAUGCCACCAACACCAGAUAACCAGCCUGGAACCUCUGAUAACCAGCCUGGAACAACGAGGUUCGCUUCUGAAUCUCAGCGACAAGGAAUGAACAAUAGUGAUGGUGGUGGAUCUAAAAUGGAUAGAAGAAUGUCUAUAUUGAAUUCUUCAAAUAACAAGUCUAUGUUAUUAAGGAGCCAAACUCAAGAUUUUGAUCAUAAUCGAUGGUUGUUUGAGACAAAAGGAACUUAUGGAAUUGGAAAUGCUUUUUGGCAAGAUGAUCCAAAUUCUUUUGAUGAUAAUGGAAUGAGCAUGUCAGAUUUUAUGGACAAACCUUGGAAACCACUAACUAGGAAAAUUCAAAUUCCAGGAGCUAUACUAAGUCCUUACAGGUUGUUGAUUGGGGUGCGUAUGAUAGUUCUAGCAUUUUUCUUAUCUUGGCGAGUUCGAAACCCGAACUAUGAUGCAAUGUGGUUAUGGGGGAUAUCAAUUGUUUGUGAACUUUGGUUUGCUUUCUCAUGGCUUCUUGAUGUACUCCCCAAACUGAAUCCUAUAAACCGAAGCGCGGACCUCGUUGCAUUACAUGACAAAUUUGAUCAGCCUUCUCCAUCGAAUCCAACUGGUCGGUCGGAUUUACCUAGCUUGGAUGUUUUUGUUUCCACGGCUGAUCCUGAGAAGGAGCCACCUCUUGUCACUGCAAACACCAUUCUUUCCAUUCUUGGUGUAGAUUAUCCUAUUGAAAAAGUCUCAUGCUAUAUUUCUGAUGAUGGUGGUGCCAUUCUUACAUUUGAAGCCAUGGCUGAAGCUGUCAAAUUUGCCGAGGUUUGGGUACCGUUUUGUCGAAAACACAACAUUGAACCAAGGAAUCCCGACGCUUACUUCAGUAUAAAGAAAGAUCCAACAAAGAACAAGAAACGACCUGAUUUUGUAAAAGAUAGAAGAUGGAUGAAAAGAGAAUAUGAUGAAUUUAAGGUGAGAAUUAAUGGACUUCCUGAUGUAAUAAAGAAAAGAAGUAAAAUGUACAACACUAGAGAAGAGAAGAAAGAAAAACAAUUACUUAAGGAGAAAAAUGGUGGAGUUAUACCACCUGAUCAGACAAUUGAUGUCCCUAAAGCUACAUGGAUGGCCGACGGUACUCAUUGGCCCGGAACUUGGUAUAACUCUACAGCUGAUCAUGCUAAAGGUGACCAUGCUGGAAUCUUGCAGGUGAUGAGUAAGGUACCGGAUCAUGAUCCUGUAAUGGGCUAUGCGGAUGAGAAAAGACUAGACUUCACAGGAGUAGACAUUAGAGUUCCAAUGUUUGCAUAUGUUUCUCGAGAGAAGCGACCAGGGUAUGACCAUAACAAAAAAGCAGGAGCCAUGAAUGCCAUGGUUCGAGCCUCAGCUAUUUUGUCGAAUGGUCCAUUUAUACUCAAUUUGGAUUGUGACCAUUAUAUAUACAAUUCUCAUGCUUUGAAGGAGGGAAUGUGCUUCAUGUUGGACCGCGGUGGCGAUCGUGUUUGUUACAUACAGUUUCCUCAAAGAUUUGAAGGGAUUGAUCCUUCUGAUCGAUAUGCAAAUCACAACACGGUCUUCUUUGAUGGCAAUAUGAGAGCAUUGGAUGGCCUCCAAGGUCCAAUGUAUGUGGGGACAGGUUGUAUGUUUAGGAGAUAUGCACUCUAUGGAUUUGAACCACCAAGAUUCAUUGAGCACACAGGUGUAUUUGGAAGAGUAAAAACUAAGAUUAAUCGUAAUCCAAAUCAAGCAAGGUUACAUGUUGAUGAUGAUCAAGAGCCUCUAACAUCUGAUGCAGAAAUGGAUUUACCACAAAAAUUUGGAAACUCAAGUAUGUUCACAGAUACAAUACCUAUAGCUGAGUUUCAAGCAAGACCACUUGCUGAUCAUAAAUCUGUGAAGAAUGGUAGACCACCUGGUGCACUGUUAACACCACGUCCACCGUUGGAUGCUCCUACUGUUGCUGAGGCAAUUGCUGUCAUUUCUUGCUGGUAUGAAGAUAAAACAGAAUGGGGUGAUAGAAUAGGUUGGAUUUAUGGAUCAGUGACAGAAGAUGUUGUAACUGGUUAUAGAAUGCACAAUCGUGGAUGGAGAUCGAUAUAUUGCAUCACAAAACGAGAUGCAUUCCGCGGAACGGCGCCUAUAAAUCUCACUGAUCGCCUACAUCAGGUGUUAAGAUGGGCAACAGGUUCAGUAGAAAUUUUCUUCUCAAAAAACAACGCGAUUUUUGCAAGUAGACGUCUCAAAUUCUUACAAAGAAUUGCAUACCUCAAUGUCGGAAUCUACCCAUUCACCUCAAUAUUUUUAGUCGUAUAUGUCUUCAUCCCAGCCAUGUCACUUUUCUCAGGACAAUUCAUAGUUCAAGGCUUAGAUGUAGCUUUCUUAACCUACCUUCUUCUCAUCACCGUCUCACUCACUCUUAUCUCGCUCCUCGAAGUAAGAUGGUCAGGAAUAGGCCUCGAAGAAUGGUGGCGAAACGAACAAUUUUGGGUCAUUGGUGGAACCAGUGCACAUCUUGUCGCUGUUAUACAAGGAUUACUAAAGGUUAUAGCCGGUAUAGAGAUUUCGUUCACAUUAACAACAAAAUCAGCUGGUGAUGAUGUUGACGAUAUCUAUGCCGAUCUUUACCUAGUGAAAUGGACUAGUCUUUUCAUUAUGCCACUAACAAUUAUCAUUGUUAAUCUUGUUGCACUAAUCAUGGGAUUUUUAAGGACAGUUUAUAGUGUUAUACCUCAAUGGAACAAGUUUAUGGGAAGCACAUUCUUUAGUUUUUGGGUUUUGUCUCAUAUGUACCCUUUUGCUAAAGGGUUAAUGGGUAGGAGAGGAAGAGUUCCAACAAUUGUUUAUGUUUGGUCAGGUUUGCUUUCUAUUACUAUUGCUUUGCUUUGGAUUUCAAUUGAUCCUCCAACUGAUAGUGGUGGAACGGGAGAUAUUCAAAUAUGAUUAUUAUAUGAUAUGAUGGAAAACAAGAAUACCAUUGGGAGUAUAUUUAUAUUAGCUCGUAAAGCCGAGAACAUUUCUUCUACCGUUAUAGAGUUUUUGUUCACGAAGAGUCUAUAACACUUUUCGGAGAUGCUAUAAGUGCAUAUUAUAUUGGCUCGUAAGCCGGGAACAUUUCUUCUGAUUAGUAUAGAGUUUUUGUUCACCAAGAGUCGUCUAUAACACUUUUCGAAGGUUCAUAGGAUACAAGAAUGUUGGAAUGUGACAAGAAAUAGAAGUGAAGGAUAUAUGAUUUGUGUCUUUUCAUCUUUUUUAUAUAGAUAUAUAUGCAAAACAAAGCAUGGUUGGAGGAUAUAAGAAGGUGCAAAAUGUAGAAACAUUGAAGUCAUAAGUCAUAAGAGAGGCAUUUGACAAUGUUCUUAUUGGUAUGUAGAGAUGUUUUUUUGUAUUUUAUUAUUUAUAAAGCUGUAAAUUUUUCUAUAGUUAACAAUAGUCUUAGGAUUAUUGUAUCACAUUAUUAUAGGAUGACAUUUGACAAUGUAUAAAAUUUGUAAAUGGGGAUUUCUGUUAGGAUUGUUCCGUUUAAUUAAGGAUAUUAAGAUGGAGAAUUUUUUUAUUUUUUUUAAUGAUGGAGGAGAGAGUCCUCCGAGACAGGUUUACGGAUAGGAUCAAAUUUUAUAUCCGUUUCGCAGAGACUUUGUCCCCGAACAUUUUAUUAAAUAAUAUUUAUAAAUGUAUAUUUAAGUAUUUUA